GGCGCGUUUAAGUGCACGAUACCUCGCCCACCAAAACUGCCCGCCUCGACGUGAGCCUUCUGAAUUGUUGCCACCGGCACUCCACGCGACCUAGUUUUUCUACUCGACACCAUAGUCGUCCAUCACAGACAUCGACGGCAUACCAUACAAACGCAUACAGCGCCGCAGCUUUUCCGCCUAGCCUUCGAGCAUGAGACCAUGACGGACGGGGACCAUGGCCAACUGGAAAGAGCUGGGGGAGGUUCCAGACUCCGAGGGGGAAGAUGGCUUCGAUAGCCAAGAAACCGAGGCGCCAGCUUUCCCACCGGCAGUCGUGGAUGCUGCAGUUCUCGUGCCACAGGAAGACAAGGACAUAUGGGAUGUUCCCGACUCGCAAGGCGAAGGUCAAGCGCGGCCAGCAGCCCUGCCUGAGGGUGCCGCAACAUCCACACCGCCCUUCGAUCAGCUUCCCUACUCGUCACCGCUCUCCUCCGUGCCCAGCGAGGACGACCUGCCGCCUGUCGAUGAGCUCUUACUUGGCCGUGCCGAUCACGAACAUGCCGCUGAGCAGGAGCGAAGCCAAGAAGCCGAACCAACGGAGCACCUCCCGCUUCAGCCUGCGUCGUCUGGCCCGGUCCGGACACGAAUCGAAAUUCCGCUCUACCAGAGCCACCGAAAUCGUCACCGAGAAUUCAUUGACGACGAUCAUGAGGCGAGACAGUUGGCCGUUCGCUAUGAACGGUCCUUGCGGCCACGAAAACCCAUCCAGGAGCACCCGUACCUGCUGGAGAACGUGCAGUACAGCAAUCUCUUCAAGAAGCACGGCGUGAGGCCUGUGCGGGUGGCGGUCGAGUCUGCCCGUUACCUUCGCGAGGACACGGAGCAGGAUCACGACUUCGAGGAACAGAGUCAGGAUAUGACAGAUGUGCCGGGCGAUACACAAGCUCGCUUCAACGAACCGUCCAGCUCCUUGGGUGCAAUGGAUCCGUUUGAACUUCCCUCGUCAUCGCCUCCCAAGAUGUCUCCAGCAAACAACCGUGGCGAGGAAAGCAGCCGAGCAAGCUCUACCGGCGAUACGGACGGUACAAGCGUUCUCGACCAAGAUCUGCCAGCGCUUGAUGACUUGUUCCAACCGAUACCUCGCUUGGUUCCGACAAAAUCCGCCAAGCGUCCAUCGUCGCCACCUCCUUCCACGAUACGGAAGCGUCGAAGGAUAAAUGUUCUCGACAGUGAUCCGGUGGAAAUGAAUGCACCAUCCAGGGAAAGGGAGGCUUCUCCCGACCCGCUCGCAUUGACUUCGCACAAUCCGCAACCGAGACUAAGCGCCCGCCAUCACGAGACGUUACGGGACUCCCAACCUCGGACUCCUUAUACAGAGUCUCAAAAACCAUUGGCUGAAGCAGUUAUUGAUAUUUCAUCAGACGACGACAACACGCACAGGUUUUCACCAAGCCUGCGUCACAAUGGUCCGUCCUUGUCAAGCGCGAGAAGCAGUUCGGAAAGCGACGAGGAAGUUGUCAACACCAUUGGGCGGCGCAUUCGCGGUGUCCUUCCGGCGUCUUGGUUGCGAUUGGAUCAACAGUCUGGUCGAGACAAGCUUCAGGCGGACACAAGAAGAAAUAAGAACCGUCAGUCUCCCGCUCGCGAGAUCCGGAGAGGAGUCGCGCAGUCAAGACCAGCGUUGCCCGGCUCGACGGCAGCGAACUUGUUGUUUGAUGAGUCGGACGAGAGUGAUGGAGAGAAAGUUGUUGGCCCUAUUCCUGCGAGUGAUCGGUCUUUCGUUCAGGCCAGGCUGAGCUUGGUACCGGACGCAAUACCUGACCCGGCUCAGUCCGUCAUAUCAGACGACGAAGGCUCCGUGGUGGAAGACGACCAUAUCGAUGCCAUGCUGCCGGGACGGACCGUGGGCAAACGCCAACUCAAACUCCCGGAAUCAUUGAAACGCGACCCAAAACGUAUCAAGGCUCUCGGCCAUACUCCAAUUCCACGACGCUCCAAAGGGCAGCGGCAAGGAAAGAUCACCAGCCAUGUCUAUCGGGCCUCAGCCCCGUCAGAGCGAGACAACUCCAAGCUCAAGAACCGAAGAUCCAACAGAAGGGCAGGCAAGGUGCAUCCCCAGCGCUCGGCUCCUCGACUUAGCAUCCUAGACGUAAUCGGACCAAAUGCACCACGUUUCCUGAACAUCGCCGCACGCGCUGCUAAGCGACAGCUCGGUCAAGGGCGAAGCAGUCCCAAGCGAAAAACUAUUCAGCUCGCAACUCGGCAAGACCAGAUUGAUGCAGCGUCGGUUCUGCAUGAAUGGCGGGAGGGCUCUAUCCGUCCACGCGAAUCGGUUACAAAGGCUAUCAGGAAUCCCAUGCCGCCUCGACCACCGCUGCAAGACACCUCUGGCAAUGGGCGAGUGAGGCAGAAAGCGUGGGCGAGCCAAGCAACAUCGACUACUCGCAAGUUGGUCAAGCAGAUCAGUGACGGCGGCUCCAUCACAUAUGGGCCAGACAAAUUGUUUGGUAGGCCUCGGUCAGACAAAGCACUUGCCGCAGGCAGUGUCGUCACUCGUCCUGCGACCCCGACCCGUCCGGCUCAACUUGAGAUGGAUGAAAGCGAUCAAUCCAGGCGAGGCGCUUUCCAUGCUCGAAAGCGAGUCUUCGACCGUUUGUACCGCAAUACCCAUGUGGGGAUGCCGCUCCAAGCGUCUCUCGCCAACAUCGCUAUGGAACCAGACAGCUCUACGGAGCAAGGUGACUCUUCCGAUACUACACAUACUAAGACGGCGCCAACUCUUAAAUCACGCCCUGAGAGGGCGCGCAGGCGAAAACUCAUCAAGCCCCGACGUGUCGACACUGAGGCGCCUGAGUUUCUGCGUGCCAAAGAGCCUCUGCCCGUCAAAUAUGUGCCUGAGUUUAACCCGGCACGGUCUGACCACGACGUUUCCAAGCUGCUCGGCUUGGGCCCUUAUGGAACGACCUACACGCAGCACUUUGAGGUGUUCCCUCUCGAUCCCAGAGUCUACUUUCACGAGACUAGUCUUAUCGGUAGCGGUAUCCUUGCAUCUUAUCUGAAAGGCAACGUCUCAACAGCACCGGCGGACACCCGCCCGUCGGUUUCCUUCAAUCUGGGCAACAUAACCUUGGAGUGGGGUGCCUGGGAUGCUCAUGUCUCCUCAGAGCUUGGCAUAGUCUUCGAUUUCGUUGUGGAACAAAUCGAGAGUGCUGACGCAGGUGGCUCCGGGAUUUCUUCGACCACCGUUGAAGCCUCCAUGUUUGUGUUGCAAUACCUGAAGGAAUCUCUGUGCUUUACACUAGACAACGAUGCCAAAGCUUUCGCCGCUCGUUCGAUUGAAUGUCUUGGCUCUUUCAACAGCCGAGUCGACUGUCUUGUCAAUCAUCUGAUACGAGCACCAGAGUGCAAUCAGAGCUCAGUAAUGCGGGUGUUGGACCGCAUGCUCCUUGUGGCACUCCUUGUCUUUCGUAUAUGCCAAGACGAGCCGGCGCUGUCAACCGAGCAAUUUCAGGCCGAAGACCUGCUGAAGAGAAUCACCGAGACCUCGAUGCGGAUUCUUUCCGGCACAGGCGCAACCCCAGUCAAGAGAGCAUACGAUGACUUGCACUCCAUACGAGCCCGAGAACGCGGGAUUCGGGAUGACGCCUUCGUCAUUCAGUCAUGGGUGGUCUUGAUGAAGGUUCUAGAGGCCGCUCAUAUCCCUAGGGCAUCGUUUUGGGACGUGGUGCAGGGCGUGAUAGUCCCACCAUCGGUCGCCGCCAGCGCAGAUGCAGAAGACUUUGAACGCUCUUGGGAGUUCAUGUUCACCCUCCUCCCACUUGUCGAAUUCGGCGACUCUGGCGUCAUUAUCUCGGGCAGACGUCAUGACCUGAGCAAUGACGGAUGGGGCAUCCCCCAGGCUCUUUUAAAGCGUGUGUUUCGUUUGUACCAAGACAAUACGCGACAGUCUCCCAGCUUCAACGACUACUGCAGAGCACUUGUCGGGCGAUGCCAUUGUCUCAUCCAACAGUGGGGGUGGCGGCGGUCUGCGACUGUGGUUGGGGUCAUCUUCGACUUUUUUGGCUCUCAGGAUCUUGCUCAUUUGCGCAAUGAAGAAGCAUACGAAUCUCCCCGGUUUUUGGAGGAACUUGCCAGUCGCCCGGUACUAGAAGUCGAACCUGGCGACAGAUGCUUCCACAUAUUCCUGAAGAUGGUCGGACUGAGUAUCCGCAAGCUCAGAGAGGUCGAUGCCACAAAGGAUAUACGCAACCUGGUUGUGAGGACUACGCCAAACCACAACCGCCAACAUCUCAAGGAGCAGACCGUGCACGCACGCGAUCUCGCAGCUCUGAGAAACCACCAUGAUCUCCUUGCGACUUUGUUCUGGGCAGCUCCUCCUGACCUGCGUCCAGCCAUCACCCUUAUCGAGCGACUAGUUUCCCCGGAAAAUUCCCACAAGGAGGCCUGCCUGAUAAACAUACGCUGUUGGUCACAACUCGCUCGAUUCAUCGUUGCGUCUGGGGAGGCAAGCACAUCCUUCAGGCCCUUCAAUCAGUGGCGGAACUCCUUUUUCCAGCAGGUUCUCCGACAAUUCAGUUCCGUGGCUCCGGAAAUUCAACAGCAAGCCCUUGCCAUGGCCAAGGAUGGUAGGCAGCCGAUCAGCGAGGACCGUAUAAACGACACGAUUGCUAGGAACAAGGCGGCGGUAGGAGAUGUGAUCUACGCUUCUGUCGCCGCAUCCCUAGAUGUCCUGAUGGCCGCGACCGACCUUGAAGGCGUCACAUUCUCACUAAACACCUACCAGCUUCAGAUCAUCUACCAGCAAUUUGCAGCCGCUCCGCCAGACCUUGACUGGGGAACCUUGCAGACCGCCAUUACCACCCUGAACUCAUUUCUCGGCAUGGUGGACGACUUCAAGGAGCAAGAAGAGAGCCAGCAAAGCGAAAGCCAAAUAUUGAACUCGGCUUUGGCCGACGACGCUUUAGAGACGGUCGAGCGCGUUUUGCUUCGAGGAUUCUUCUCCAUGGCUCGCUGCGUGAUGUCCUCACGAACCGAAAUGAGACCCCACGCCAUCGCAGGUGGAAACAAGGACAAGUGCAUAGAGAGCGUGGUGUCACUGUCUGCACGACUGGGUGCAAGAUACAUCAAGUGCGGCAGCUUCGAACUCUCAGACUUGUUCAGAUCGGGCACGUACGGGUUGUUUGUCGCACCGCCAUAUCAGCUGGACUUGCAUCUAAGAAGACAUAUGGUUCAUUUCGUGUCGGUCCUCUUGGAGUCUGGUCUUGAUUCCUGGACCAGUGCAGGGUGCAGUUUGCCCGAACUAUGGGUACUGUCGUUGGUGAAACCGCGCGAAUACCUGAAGUAUGAAAAUGCCCUCGCCAAGCAACUUCACAAGAGCGGCAAAGACUAUGUGCCUGACGCUGUGGUGGCCUUGGGCUCGAAGCCUGACUACGCGACGAACCGAGACCUAUUUGAGUUUGCUAUCUCUCGGAUGAGAAGGUCGGUUCGUGACGCUGGGCCAUCGCUCAAGGCAAUAUUGCUGGCAGAGCAUUCUACGACUCUGCAGCGGGUCAUGGAGCAGAUCAAGAUGGACCUCAAAGCCGUGUCGCACGACACGUCAAGCCAUCAGCGUUAUGUGGUGUUCACUCGAGGCGUCGUCUCGCUCAUCAAAUCACAUGGCUCAGAGAUCCGACCGGUGGACAACUUCUUCUACCAGAUCUCGAAUGAAUACUCUCCCUCGACUGAAGACCCUCAGCUGCAGGUUGCGGGGUUGAUAUCAUAUGGCGUGCGACUCACAGAAGGCGAUUCCAGAAGCAGCCAGCAACUCUUUCACCUCUUGCUCAGCAACGUCAAAUUCGCGAUAAGCAACGAUGGGCUGCGCGAGGACGUGGGCAUGCUGAGAAAGGGCAUGGCGAAUCAGGGCAUCGUCAACUUUGUUCUUGGCAAGAUGUUGCCGUCCUGCAUUCGGGCUUCGUUCAGAAACACGUCUGCCUACCCGCUGCUGGACGUGUACGGAGAAUCCUUGCGUAUUCUCAUGGCUAAGAAGGCAAUUGCAUACGAAUUGACCGCGGCCGACCUCCCACAGAUCGUGAACCUGACAGAUGCAGCGAUCGAGGGCAUAGGCGACUGGGCGAGGGACGCCGUCAGGUUGUCAGCAGCGCAGUUGCAUGUCUUGCGGCAAGUCGUGGCGGUGCUCAACUUGCUGUGGCCGGGACUGCGCGUCAUCGCUGCGUCCAGCCCCCCCUCACAAGUAUGGACCAGGCUAUGCAGCUCAUUCGAGUUCCUGCACCCAAUGAUGACGGCAGCCGAAGACGCGACCAGCGGUCUCGCUCGUCCAAGAGAGACGGCGACCACGGCAGAUAGGCUUUUCGGAACGAACACGACAAACUGCGCCCGGCAAUCUCGACCUGAGUCGGACGUGAAGAUGUUCACAGACUUGAUCGUCAAGGACGUGGCAACGGGCUGGGGCAAUCGGGGGAAUCGAAUGACAACCCAGGCAAACAAUCACGGCGGAGCCUCGGCGAAGGGCGUACCAGUUCCAACUUUCGACGCUGAAACCGUGUUGCAAGACUUGCAUGAGCGCAUACGGGAAUGGCGCUGGUGGUGGGACGAGGUGUUUGGAGUUUCGUCGCACGCCGACAUGAUUGACAAUGUGGUGUUUUGAGAAGCGAGGUGCAUUGCUAGGCGUUUGGGUUCAUUCCGCACAACCUUUGGAAUGAAUGAAGAGAUAACUAUGGGAGCGCUGACGUGGACG